UCCCACAGCACGAUCGAUCGCGGAGGAAACGGAGUUGCUUUUUAUUCGGGAUUGAACCUAAAUCCAGGUGCUGAAGAGCAGGACACACACAGGUCAGGCGAGGCCCCACAUGCUGUGUCCUUACUUCCAGUGUCCAUUGCACUCCAGGGAGGAAUUUGCCGCUGCGGUGUUACGCAGAAGGGAUGUAUGAGGGUUUCUCUGCUGCCAGCAUUCUUGGACGGUACCGUGUCACCAUGACAGAGCCGGACCCUCACACGGUACCCGCUGGAUCCAUGGACUCCAGGGACGGCCAGGUUGAGAACGACAGCUCAUUCCCCCUCUCCUCGUUGGCCAACCUGUUUGAGGGGGAGGAGGCCUCCCUGACCCCAGAGGUCCCCCAAAACAAGCAAAACCUGCGCAUGAAGUUCCAGGGUGCCUUCAAGAAGGGCAUCUCCAACCCCAUGGACCGGCUGGAAAACACCAUGUAUGAGGCCAAUGUUGUGGCCGGCCCCAAGAAGGCCCCCAUGGACACUCUGUAUGACUACGGAACCUACCACCAACCGAACAACCAGAAAUGGCGCAGGAAGAAGCUGCCUCUGGGAAAGAGUGAGACAGAGGUCAGUAUUGACAAGGGACCUGCCCCAGAACCCCCCAGGGUGUUGAAAGUGUUCAGCCGGAGCAUCCUCUUCGACGCCGUGUCGCGGGCAGAUCCUGGGGCCCUCGAGGGUCUGCUUGAGUAUCUGCGUGUCCAGGAAAAGAGCCUCACGGACGAGGAGUUCAAAGAGCCUUCCACAGGAAAGACCUGCCUGCCCAAAGCGCUGCUCAACCUGUACGGGGGUCAAAAUGACACCAUCCCCCUGCUGGUGGACAUCGCAGAGCAGACUGGGAACCUGUGCGCGUUCAUCAACACACCUUUCCGAGAUGUCUACUACCGCGGCCAGACGGCGCUGCACAUUGCCAUUGAGAGGCGCAGCAAGCAGUACGUGAAGUUGCUGGUGGAGAAGGGGGCAGACGUCCACGCCCAAGCCAGGGGCCGCUUCUUCCAGCCCAAGGACGAGGGAGGGUAUUUCUACUUCGGUGAGCUCCCAUUGUCGCUGGCCGCCUGCACCAACCAGCCAGAGAUGGUGCACUACUUGACGGAGAACGCGCACAAGAAGGCGGACCUGCGCCGACAGGACUCGCGUGGGAACACGGUGCUUCACGCCCUGGUGCACAUUGCCGACAACACUCGUGAUAACACGCGCUUCCUCACCAAGAUGUAUGACCUGCUGCUGGUCAAGAGCGCUCGGCUGUACCCUGACUACAAUCUGGAGACGGUGCUCAACAACGACGGCAUGUCCCCCCUCAUGAUGGCCGCCAAGCUGGGCAAAAUUGGAGUGUUCCAGCACAUCAUCGGCAGGGAGAUCAAAGAUGAGGAGGCGCGUCACCUGUCCCGCAAGUUCAAGGACUGGGCAUACGGGCCCGUGUACUCCUCCCUCUACGACCUGUCCUCCCUGGACACCUGUGGCGAGGAAGUAUCUGUACUCGAGAUCCUGGUCUACAACAGUCGCAUUGAGAAUCGGCACGAGAUGCUGGCAGUUGAGCCCAUCAAUGAACUGCUCAGAGAAAAGUGGCGGAAAUUUGGUGCCAUCAGCUUCUACAUCAGCGUGGUGUCCUACUUGGUGACCAUGAUCAUCUUUACUCUGGUGGCAUACUACCGCCCAUCCGAGGGAACGCCGCCGUACUCAUACACCACCUCUUCGGACUACCUGCGGCUGGCUGGAGAAUUUGUGAUCCUGCUCUCCGGUUUCUUCUUCUUCUUCUCAAAUGUUAAAGACCUCUUCCUGAAGAAAUGCCCAGGGGUGAACUCGUUAUUCGUCGACGGUUCCUUUCAGCUGCUCUACUUCAUUUACUCAGUGCUGGUGCUCGUCACGGCAAUUCUAUACCUCAGUGGAGUCAAGGCCUACAUAACAGUGAUGGUGUUUGCCCUGGUCCUUGGCUGGAUGAACACGCUCUACUUCACCAGAGGCCUCAAGCUCACUGGCACAUACAGCAUCAUGAUUCAAAAGAUUCUCUUCAAGGAUCUCUUCAGGUUUUUGCUCGUCUAUGUGCUCUUCAUGAUUGGAUACGCAUCAGCUCUGGUGUCUCUCCUAACGGCCUGCCCUACCUUGGACAGUCAGUGUCCUCCUGAUGGCUGCCCUGUGUACCCCAAAUGUCGUGACAACACCACAUUCAGCACCUUCCUGCUAGACCUGUUCAAGCUUACCAUUGGCAUGGGCGAGCUGGACAUGAUUGACAAUGCUCAGUACCCAGCUGUCUUCCUCACUUUGCUGGUCACCUACAUUAUUCUCACCUUUGUGUUGCUCCUCAACAUGUUGAUCGCUCUCAUGGGAGAGACUGUGGGCCAGGUGUCCAAAGAGAGCAAGAAGAUUUGGAAGUUGCAGUGGGCUACCACCAUCCUGGGCAUCGAGGGCUCCUUUCCUGUUUGUCUUCGCAAGUCUUUCCGGGUAGGUGAGAUGGUCACUGUGGGCAAGAACCACGAUGGAACACCUGACCGCAGGUGGUGCUUCAGAGUGGAUGAAGUUAACUGGUCUCACUGGAACCAAAACCUGGGAAUCAUCAACGAGGACCCAGGGAAGAAUGAAGCCCUGGUCAAUGGGAUCCAGCAGACCAUCCGGGGCCUAAAGAGAGAUCGCUGGUCAACUGUGGUUCCACGGGUGGUGGAACUGCACAAGAGCCCACCCCAGCAGGACAUGGUCCUGGAGAUGGAACCCUUGAACACUGGACGUAGGAACAGACCAGGGUCCGACAGCCAUAGCUGACGGAGAAGGUGCCAUGGAAAGUCCACGAAGGGGCUAAAAACAGAGCUCCAGGAAACCCACAGAAACACCUGGAAUGGUCUCUGUGAAUCCUGCAAAAGAAAGAAGCAACUCUUCCAGCUUCUUCAGAUACCGCACUGUAACGUCAGAGCACACAGGAAAAGUGCUCAUCAUCGCCUCACUUUCACAAAUGCCUGUUUGUCCCUUGUGCCCAGGCAUACAUCGUACAUCACACAACUGUUCAUUUGAAAAGUUCAACCCUGGCCUAAAAUCCCUGAGAAGAAGCUUGUAGAAUCAGACCCUUGGCAUUGUCCUGUUCCCAGCUCGCCUAUAUUGACUGCUCUGGAUGGCUGCGAUGACUUCACAACACACAACACACAUACACACAAGCAUCUCAGCAUACGGCACCAUGAGCGUUUCCCACCGUCCACAGAUGUCCAGAGCUAUGGCCUCAGAAAAAUGCCUUCAGGUGAACGUCCGCUACCCAGAAACAAAUCCGAAAUGGGACAUCAAUGUCUUGUGAGCUCAGGGAUUGUCAGAAGUAGACAUCUUAAAGUCCAAAUCCAUAUUGAGAGUUUAUAUAUAUAUUUAUACAUAUAAAUUUAGCCUUUAGAUUAUGCUUUUCUCCAAACGCAGAACAAUACAAAGAGUGCCUUACAUCAACAGAAGGAGAGAAGAUAUCUGGGUGCAGACGCGUGAUUUUAGAGCACAGUCAAACACAACGGUAUAAAUCGGGGGAGUGGACUAUAGAGCAGAGCUCUUACAUAGUUAGGUUCAGUGUCUUUGCUAUGACUAUUCCAAGAAUGCGAAAAAAUUUCAAAAACUUGAUCAGUCUGAUUAGGUCGAAAACCGGUGUGUGUCCAUUAUUGUGUCUGUCGUUUCUAUAAAUAUUUAUUCAUCACCACAAGGUGUAAACCAAAAAUUGACCAAAUUCACUUUCCCCAUUUCCACCUCAGAACACACUGGUUUGAACGAUUGCCUCAAGUGACUGGUAGUGUAGUGAUUAGAGUUACUACCUUUGGAUCUAAAGGUUAUGGGUUUAAUUCCUAUAUCUGCCUAUAGUACCCUUGAGCAAGGUAUUUACCUGGUAUUGCUCUGCUAGAAUUACCCAGCCUUAAAUAAGUGUAAGUUGCUUUAGAGAGAAGAAACCAAUAAAUGUAUUUCAGAUAUUCAGCUACAUAGAAAGCUGUACAAAGGUCUAAAUGGAAUUUUUGUACCUUUUUGUGAUUUUUAAUAUUUAACUGCAUUAACAGUAGGAAUGGGGGUGCAGUGGGU